AUGGUUCGUCAGCUGCACGACGGUAUGAUGGCGCGAGGCACGGACAACGGAGCUGUCUCAGAGGCAUUCGCAGUGACCAACGGAGUGAAGCAGGGAUGCGUGCUGGCGCCAACCCUCUUCAGUCUUAUGUUCUCUGCCGUGCUAAUGGACGACUACCGCGACGAACGUCCCGGAAUCCGCAUCGUCUACAGGACUGACUGUCACCUGCUGAAUCAAGGGCGGAUGCACUUCCAAUCGCGCGUAUCCACAACCACCGCCCACGAACUUCACUUCGCCGACGACUGCGCCCUGAACACCACCUCGGAAGAGAAAAUGCAACGCAGCAUGGACCUGUUCUCCGCCGCCUGCGAGAACUUCAGUCUGGUCAUCAACACGCUGAAGACAGCGGUGAUGCAUCAACCGCCACCCAACUCAGCCACAGCCCCCAACGCGCCGCCGCAAAUCAGCGUGAACGGAACCCAACUGCAAUUGGUGGAGAAUUUCCCGUACCUGGACAGUACUCUCUCCCGCAACACAAAGAUCGAUGACGAAGUCGCCAACAGGAUCUCGAAAGCCAGUCAAGCCUUCGGUCGCCUCCAUGGCACAGUUUGGAACCGUCACGGUCUUCAACUGAGCACGAAGCUAAAGAUGUACAUGGCCGUCAUCCUGCCGACGCUACUGUACGGAGCGGAGACUUGGACGGUGUACACAAAGCAGGCACGCCGCCUAAGCCACUUCCACCUCAGUUGUCUUCGUUGCAUCCUGAGGCUGAACUGGCAGGAUCGAAUCCCCGACCCUGAUGUACUGGAACGGACGGACAUCGUCAGCAUAUACACCAUGCUAAGACAAAUCCAGCUGCGCAGGAGGGGUCACCUGGUGCGCAUGGAUGACAAGCGACUACCCAAACGACUCUUCUACGGAGACGUCGCGACGGGUUCUUGCCAUCAAGGAGGCCAAAUUGGCCGUAACAAGGAUACUCUGAAGUCCUCCCUGAAGCGUCUGCAAAUCAACCCGACCAACUGGGAAGAGCUUGCACUCGAUCGGCCGACCUGAAGGAGGACAGUGAAGACAGGCGCUGCGAUCUACGAAGCCAAUCGCAUCGCUGCCGCCAAAGGGAAACGCGAAGCCCGCAAGUCACAACUUCGACCAGUACGCAACGCCGCCGCACAACCGCUCCCAACGUGUCCUCGAUGUUCACGGACAUUCCGGGCUCGCAUCGGACUUGUUGGACAUCUUCGGAUCAACUGUGCCUCUCGAACUGCACCAACUAUCGUCCCACCGCCCGCCUAUUCCCCUUCCCCUCCGCCAUCAACUAACUCUGACAAUUCUUCUGAGCCAACACUAACAUCCUCCUCCUCCUCCUCCUCAACCCCCUCCUCCUCCUCGUCCACCGCUCCAACGACGGCCGCUCAGGCGACUGCCACGCGCGCAGCAACCGACGCCACCACCAUUACCACCUCCCCCGAUUCCAGCGAUGAGGAUCAGGACUACACCUGCCCUCACUGCGACCGCACCUUCACCCCACACAUCGGCCUGGUCGGUCACUUGCGAAUCCAUCGCACAGAGACUGGAGAACCAGUGCCUGGAGCACCAACCUACACCCACCGCACUCCCCUCCACUGUCCAACCUUUCCUCGCACUUUCAGCCAUCGCAUGGGUCUUUUCGGCCACAUGCGCAUCCACGAGAGCGAAAUUGACCACAAUUCCGAUACACCAACCACGUCCAACACGCCCACCAUGCCCAGAACCACACUCCCUCCAUCCCAAAGCGCGCCCGUCACCAUCACCGCCACCACCGCUUCCUCUGCAGCUGACACCGACACCGCCAAAUUCUCGCUCCCACACUGCCCACGCACGUUCACCUCACGCAUUGUCCUGGUCGGUCACUUGAGAAUCCAUCGCACAGAGACUGGCGAACCAGUGCCUGGAGCACCAACCUAUACACGCCAAUCUCGACUUAACUGCCCACACUGUCCUCGCACUUUCAGACAUCGCAUGGGCCUAUUCGGUCACAUGCGCAUCCACGACAACCUGCGGUACUCAACCGCCGGUUACACCACACAUCCACACACUCCCUACCUUCCUCCAUCAUCACCCCACCACACAUCAAAACUCACCCAUCGCAAGCACCCAACUGUCACCUUCCACGAAAGUGGGAAGGGUACAUCUUGA